ACUCACCGAGCAGCUUGGACAGCUUUCAGUGGUGGAUUGCAGCUAACGAUUUUUUAUCGGUUGAAAAUCGAACUACGAGUGAUGGAAGUUGUCUAUCCCAGCUUGCGAACUCACCGAGGAGCUUGGACAGCUUUCAGUGGUGGAUUGCAGCUAACGAUUUUUUAUCGAUUUAAAAUCGAACUACGAGUGAUGGAAGUUGUCUAUCCCAGCUUGCGAGUAGGUUGCGUUGCGCUGUAUGCCAAAGAAGAAUUUGGAUUGCAGCUGUGUCUUGGGAAGGUUGUAAAGAAGCAAUCUAGCGAUAUUCCGCCGCAGUUUUAUCCGUGCUACUCCUAG